CUGCCUGCGCCCGCGCAUCUGCCGCGGCGCGUCUAUCUCGGCGCCGUCGUCUCGCCCAUCUCCCUGCUCGAGCUGCGCUUCGUCACGCGCGCCGCAUUGGGCGUAGGCUCAUCAGGCGUCAUUCGCUUCGUCCAGGAUCUCGAGCAGUGGGCUGGUGCAGCGACGGCGCGCCCCGACGCCGCCGCGGCGGCGGCCGUCGCGGAGCAGGGCUUUGGCGGCGCCGACGCCGACGAUCCGGACCCGACGCCGCUGCUGCAGAGCCGCAAGGAGCAGCAGCGCGCCAAGGAGGCAGCGCAGCAGGCGCGCCUCAAGGCCGAGGCCGAGCGCGAGGAGAAGGCUCUGCUCGAGGUGCUGGCGCAGCACGGCUGGGACGCCGCCUCCGUCGACAUCGUCCGCCUGGAGCGCGGCGACUUUCUCUGUCCCGGCUUCGUCGACACGCACGUGCAUGCCUGUCAGGUGCCGAACAUCGGCCUGGGACAGUCCUACGAACUGCUCGCCUGGCUCGAGAAGAUCACCUUCCCGCGCGAGCGCCUCUUCGAGUCGUCAGAGUACGCACGCACCACGUACCACUCCGUCGUGCAGCGCAUGCUCGACUCGGGCACUACGUGUGCGGCACUGUAUGGCACGCUGCAUCAGGAGGCGUGCGAGAUUCUUGCAGACAUCUGCAAUGAGCGCGGCAUGAGGGCACUCGUGGGCAAGUGCAACAUGGAUCGUAACUGCCCGAGCGAGUACACCGAGAAGAACGCCAGUCUCAGCCUCGAGUCGACGAAAGCGUUCAUUCAGCAUGUCCGUGCACUGCGGCCAUACGGCGAGCCGCCGUCAGUGACGUCUCCCGACAUGCGUCCCUCGCGCGGCUCUGCCGAGAUGGACGCCAGUCUGGCGCGCCUCAGUCGUACGAUGAACGAGCUGAUGGGCGAGCCGAAUGAGGCUGAGCCUGGCACUUCCUCGCCCGACGCCGAUGUCUCUCCACUGCCACCUGCUGCACUGCCGCUCGCUGGCUCGCGUCAAGCCUCGCCGGCGCCGCCUCGCUCCCGCGCCGUGCAGCGUGGCAUUGAAGGUCGAAGGAACGCUGCGUCUGCUCUUUCGAGGGAACAGAAAGGUCCAGCACGCGUCAAGGCGCUCGUCCUGCCCAUCCUCACGCCGAGAUUCGCCAUUGCCUGCUCCGACGCUCUGCUAGCCGGCCUGGCCGCGCUCUCCUCGAAGGACCCCACGCUGCGCAUCCAGACACAUCUCUCCGAGAACGUCACCGAAGUCGAGUUCACCCGCUCCUUAUACCCUGGCCUGGAGUCGUACACGGCCAUCUACGACUCCUUCAACCUGCUCGGCCCGCGGACGAUUCUCGCCCACGCCAUCCAUCUCUCGGACGCCGAGAUGGCACUCAUCGCCAAGCGCAAGUGCGGCGUGUCGCACUGUCCCGUCUCCAACGGCAACCUCAGCUCGGGCGCCAGCCGCGUGGGCGAGAUGCUGAACCGCGGCAUCAAGGUCGGCCUGGGCUCCGACGCCAGCGGCGGCUUCAGUCUCGGCAUGCUGGGCGUCAUUCGCGAGGCGAGCGUGGUGGCGAAGGUCUUGAACUUCUCCAACCUGCAGACGCAGGCCAAGAUUGUAGAGGCGAGCGAGAAGAAGCUGCCGGACAAGGUGGGCGAGGCGGAGGAUCAGACAAUGCCGGAGAGCGUGGACUUCUGCAAGGGUCCACUGCGCCUCAGUACGCUCUUCUACCUCGCCACGCUCGGCGGCGCCGAGGUGUGUUCGCUCUCUGACUCGAUUGGCUCACUCGACGUCGGCAAGGAGUUCGACGCGCUCCUCGUGCGCACCACGAGCGCAUGGGAUGCUGUCAAAGGCUACACGGGCUGUCCGGGCCUGUACAUUGAGCCCGAAGACGCACUGCCCGCGCUGUUCGAGAAGUGGAUCUUCGCGGGAGAUGAUCGCAAUAUCGCUGGCGUCUUUGUACGCGGGCGAUGCGUCGGCGGGACAUCGCCGAUU